ACUGAUAGUGACAUAUAACUGAGUAAAUGUCAGUAGAGUAAAUUGUGCUUCAAGAGUUGGUUUAUAAAUUGUAACCCUAAAGUGCCUAUAUUAAAAUGUAAUUACUUAUCUGACCUGUUCAGGAUUUUCCCCGACCUUUCGCCCUAUGUCAGCUGGGAUUGGCACCAGAGCCCCCAUGAUCCUCAUCUGAGGAUAAAGCAGUAGUGAAUGAAUGAAUGAAUGAAUGAAUGACUUAUCUGUUGAUUGUUCCAGCAUCUUAUUUGUUGAAUAUCUACUUCUGAUUAGUCUGUCACUUGUCAACUAUCCUAAAGGUGACUGUCAACAGAAUACUAGUUGGAAAACUACACUCACAUGUGUCAGAACCAUAUAAUUAAUGUCAAAAACAGUAGAGUACACUAGAUAUAAAGAAGUUGCUCCUGAUUAUCUGUUGAAUCUGUUGAAACAUAAAUCACAGAACUGUUAAAUUGUAACAGAAGCUAAGAGAGGCAGAUGAUUACAGAUCAUCAGAUGAGGAAACCCAUUUCGGCCGCUUGUAUCCAUGAUCUUGUUCUUUCAGUCACUACCCACAGCUUGGGACCAUAGGUGAGGGUCAGAAUGUAGAAUGGCUGGUCAAUUGAGAGCUUUGCCUUUAGGCUCAGCUCCUUCUUCACCAUGACAGACUGAUGUAGAGCCCACAUUACUGCAGGUGCAGGUCUGUUGACCUCUCGCUCUAAUCUUCCCUCACUUGUGACCCCGGGAUACUUACACUCCUCCAUUUGGGGCAGCAUCUAACUCCCGACCCAGAGAGGGCAGUCCACCCUCUUCAGGCUGAGGACCAUGGUCUCGGCUGGAGGUGCUGAUUCUCAUUCCAGCCGCUUCACACCCGGCUGCAAACUGCUUCAGUGAGAGUUGAAGAUCACAGCACGAUGAAGCAGGACCACAUCAUCUGCAAAAAGCAGACCCAAUCCUGGGCCCACCAAACCGGACUCCCUCAAUUCCCUGGCUGCAUCUAGAAACUCUGUCCAUAAAAGUUAUGAACAAAAUCAGUGACAAAGGGCAGCCCUGGCAGCCCUGGAAGCGGACCCGACUUACUGCCAGCAAUGCGGACUAGGAUCUCCACCCCAUCUCCACUUGGCGGUGCACUGCUUCCCCCUCCUGAGUCACCGGAUCGCUGACCAGAAUCUCCUCGAAGCUGACCAGAAAUUGUUUUACAUGGUCUCACCAAACUCCUCUCACAUUCAAGUUUUUGCCUUAGCGACCAUUGAAGCCGUAUUCCGCUUGGCCUGCCAGUACCUAUCAGCUGCCUCUGGAGUCCCACAGGCCAAAAGUACCUCUCUUCACCGGAAUCAUGUGGCCGCAGGUUCAACAACAUGACUAAAAAGUCGAUCAUCGACUCAUGGCCAAGGGUAUCCUGGUGCCCAGUGCACAUAUGGACACCCCUAUGCUUGAACAUGGUGUUCAUUAUGGACAAUCCAUGGCAAGCACAGAAGUCCAACAACAAAGCACAACUCGGGUUUGGAUCGGGGGGCCGUUCCUCCCAAUCACACCCCUCCAGGUCUCACUGCCAUUGCCCACAUGAGCAUUGAAGUUCCCCAGCAGAACCAGAAAAUCCCUAGCAGGAGCACUUUCUAGCACCCCUUCCAGGGACUCCAAAAAGGGUAGGUACUCUGAACAGCUGUUCUGUGCAUAGGCACAAGCAACAGUCAGCUGUUGAACUGCAACUUCAUAUAACCACACAUACACUUAAUGUCUGUCAGACUCUAUUAUUAUUAUGUCUGUUUUUUUAAGCUUUUGUUAGGAGGGUCUUAGAGGAAGCUUACUUACUAGGACAAAUACAACCCAGGUUUGUGUAUCUACUGUGGAAACUAGAGUACACUUUACUGGUGUGAAAGUAUGACUUGUAUACAUGUUAUAAUGCAACAUUCAGGUGGUAAGGCAGAAUGUGACAGGCCUGCAGUGGAUUGCCAGUGUAGACUGGACGUCAGUUGCUGUGCUCCAGACGCCUGACCUCAUGCCGUAUCUGGGUGGAACACUGGGCAUUGCCAUCCGUCGAGGAGAAAUACCAGAGCUUCGUGAUUUCCUGUUACAAAUACGACCUGACCUACAUCACAACACCACUCAUGAGAAUUACAUGGUGAAUCAGUUUUGGGAAAACACUUUUCGGUGUAGAUUUGAACCACCACCAGCAGAUUGGGCAGAAGCUGGAGGAGAAUUAUGCACUGGACAGGAAGCUAUAGAGGAUGUGGAGAGUGAGUUCUUGGACACUUCAGACCUCAGGAUAGACUAUAAUGUGUAUAAAUCUGUGUACGCUCUGGCGUAUGCUCUUGACGACAUGCUGCAGUGUGAACCAGGGAGAGGACCAUUCAGCAACAACACCUGUGCUCAUUUACAACGACUGGAGCCAUGGCAGAUGAUAUAUUACUUGGAAAAAGUCAACUUCACCACAACAUUUGGUCAUCAAGUGUCAUUUGAUGAGAAUGGUGAUGCCAUACCUGUAUACGACAUCAUGAACUGGGUGUGGCUCCCUGAUGGAAGAACGAAAGUUCAGAGAGUGGGUGAGGUUCAGAGGUCAGCCUUCAAAGCUGAAGAACUCACACUGGAUGAAGACAAAAUCUUCUGGAACUUUGAAUCCAAACAGCCUCCUCGGUCAGUGUGCAGUGAGAGUUGUCCUCCAGGUACCCGCAUGGCCAGAAAGAAGGGGGAACCUGAGUGUUGUUUUGACUGUGUCCCUUGUUCUGAGGGAAAGAUCAGCAAUAUGACUGACUCCAUGGAGUGCACCAGUUGUCCAGAAGAUUUCUGGUCCAGCCUGCAGCGUGACCACUGUGUUCCUAAGCAAACAGAGUACCUCUCCUAUUAUGAACCUCUGGGUAUCUGCUUGACAUUCACCUCACUGUUGGGCACGUUUAUCUGCAUUGUUGUUCUGGGCAUCUUCAUCCAUCAUCACAGCACACCUAUAGUUCGUGCCAACAAUUCAGAACUCAGUUUUCUUCUCUUGGUUUCACUUAAAUUGUGUUUCUUGUGUUCCUUGCUCUUCAUUGGACGACCCAGACCGUGGACUUGUCAACUGAGACAUGCAGCAUUUGGCAUCAGCUUUGUGCUUUGUGUCUCAUGUAUCCUGGUGAAAACCAUGGUGGUUCUGGCUGUGUUCAGAGCCUCCAAACCAGGAGGUGAGUCCAGUCUCAAGUGGUUUGGUGCUGUGCAGCAGAGAGGGACAGUUCUGGUUCUGACUUCUAUUCAAGCAGCAAUCUGCACUGUCUGGCUUGUCUCUGCUUCACCAAUGCCUUAUAAAAACACCCAGUAUUACAAUGACAAGAUAGUUUAUGAGUGUGUAGUUGGGUCCACAGUUGGUUUUGCAGUUUUACUUGGUUAUAUUGGUUUACUGGCCAUCCUCAGUUGUUUGUUAGCCUUUUUAGCAAGGAAUCUUCCGGACAGUUUCAAUGAGGCCAAACUCAUCACUUUCAGCAUGCUGAUCUUCUGUGCAGUGUGGGUGGCCUUUAUCCCUGCUUACAUCAACUCACCAGGCAAAUAUGCAGAUGCAGUGGAGGUAUUUGCCAUCCUAGCCUCCAGUUUUGGCCUCUUGGUGGCGCUGUUUGGACCUAAAUGUUAUAUAAUCCUUGUGAGACCAGAGAGGAACACAAAGAAAGCCAUCAUGGGUCGUGGCAUGGGUUCAGAAAACCCAAUUUAAUAAUAGUUUCUGUCCAAACUAAAUAAAAUGGAUAAAUAAUAAAAUGAUACAUAGACCUAUUUUUCAAUCUUCACCAUGAUGCAGUGAAGGUGUGCUACAACUAGAUUAUUCUUGGAAUUCUUCUCACUUUUUUAUUUUCCAUGUCUGUGAACAGUUCAUUUACUUUCUGCUCAUAUAGUGCACGAAAAAAAGACUGAGGUGACAAAACAAUUGAUUUUGCUUGAACAGACUCAGCCAUUAUGAAACAGUCCUCUGUGAAUGAAACAAAACAAGUCCUCGGUAAAGUGCCAUGAAUACAGGAAAAUAGUGGGGUUGUAUUGUUGAGGAAUACAAUACAACA